AUGAUGAAUGACGUAGGUAGAAAGGUGGGUUUGGCAUGUUGUAUUGUUUUGCUUGUUGUGUAUGAAGAUUUCGGUGAAUUGGAGGUUGGAGAUGAUGGUUCUAUCAAUGGGGAUCAGAGACUAUGGCUGCUAAACAGAAGGAGAAGGAGUAAGAAUGGUGCUGAUGACAUCGCAGAGACUAUUCACCGGAUGGUGGAUGCGAUGCAGCCACCUAUAGCAGCGCAGCAUAGAAUGGCGAUUGCACCAGAAGCUAUGAAACAGCAACACCACCAACAAAAACAAGAGCACAAGUUUCGCGGCGUGCGGCAGCGGCCAUGGGGACGGUGGGCCGCCGAGAUAAAAGACCCUAUACGGCGGAAACGAGUGUGGCUUGGAACCUUCGACACGGCAGAAGAAGCAGCUGUGGUUUACGACAGAGCAGCUAUAAACCUCAGAGGUGCCGAUGCUGUCACUAAUUUCAUCAAACCGCCGUUGAAAGAGUGUGAAAGUGGGCCUUGGAUGGAACCUUUGUCUUUGGAAGAAACAUUCAAAGAAGAAGUGUUUGAUGGGUUAAACGAUGAAGUUGAUAGUUUCUUGUUUUCUGAUCAUGUUCUUUAUGAGCAACCUCUUCCUACUGUGUUUUCUAACAUUGAUGUUUCGUUGGAUGAGGAUCUUGAAUCAUGUAAAUGGGAUGUAGAUAGCUUUUUCACUGAUGAUACUUUUCAAUAA